AUGUCAAGUUCUACGACGUUGAUAAGCUCAUCGUAUUUGUUGGCACGGUCUUCCUCCCUUCGCAGUGGGUAUACCGAUGGUAGCGAAGUUGAAAGCACUUCAGAUGGUAACCUCAUGCUCGACUACCACUGCAACACUAGGUUCGAUCGCAAUUUCAGAACAGCUACAUGGCCGUUCCCUUUUGAAUCGAACUUUGGAUUACAUGGCAAAAUUUCCGCUAUCACAUAG